AUGGGUAUAAAACAGCUCUUCUCCAUCAUCAAGGAGGAGGCGCCCGACGCGAUCAAAGAGGGCGAGAUCAAAAACCAUUUCGGCCGCAAGGUCGCUAUUGAUGCAUCCAUGAGCAUCUACUCCUUCCUCAUUGCAGUGCGAUCCGAUGGCCAACAGCUCAUGAACGAGUCCGGCGAGACCACGUCUCACCUGAUGGGUAUGUUCUACCGUACGCUGCGUAUGAUAGAUAACGGCAUCAAACCCCUCUAUAUCUUUGAUGGCGCCCCUCCCAAACUCAAGUCCGGCGAGCUCGCCCGCCGAUACCAGCGCAAACAGGAGGCCACCGAGGGCCUGGAGGAGGCCAAAGAGACGGGCACAGCUGAGGACGUGGAGAAAUUCUCGCGACGGACGGUUCGCGUCACAAGGGAGCAUAAUGCCGAGUGUCAGCGCCUGCUGAAGCUCAUGGGCGUACCAUACCUGGUUGCCCCCACCGAGGCUGAAGCUCAAUGUGCCAUCCUGGCCCGGGCUGGCAAGGUCUACGCUGCGGCUAGUGAGGAUAUGGACACACUCUGCUUCAACACCCCCAUUCUUCUGCGUCACCUUACCUUCAGUGAGCAACGCAAAGAGCCAAUCCAAGAGAUUCACGUCGAUAAGGUUCUGGACGGCCUGAACAUGGACCGCAAGCAGUUUGUCGAUCUCUGCAUCCUCCUUGGCUGCGACUAUCUCGACCCCAUUCCCAAAAUCGGACCGCACACUGCCCUCAAGCUGAUCCGCGAGCAUGGCAGCCUCGAGAAGGUUGUCGAGUUUAUCGAGAGCGAUAAGAAGGGUAAGUAUACCCUGCCCGACGACUGGCCAUACCGCGACGCACGCGACCUAUUCUUCGAGCCCGACGUCCGACCUGCCGACGACCCCAUGUGCGACUUCAAGUGGGACAGGCCUGAUGUUGACGGCCUGGUGCAAUUCUUGGUCAACGAAAAGGGGUUCUCCGAGGAUCGUGUCCGGUCAGGUGCGGUGCGAUUGGAGAAGAAUCUGAAGAACGCGCAGCAAAGCCGUCUGGAGGGCUUUUUCAAGCCAGUUCCUAGGACUGAAGAGGAGCAGAAGGCUCACAAGCGAAAGUUGGAAGAGAAGAACGAGGAGGCAAAGAAGAAGCGAAAGGACGAGAAGAAGGAGAAGGCGAAGGCAAAGGCGAAACCCCGAGGCACUGCCUGAUCUACCUUGCGCUCUUGGUCGAUCAAUCUUUCCCUUUUCCCUUUUGUUCUUCUUUUUCUUCCAGCUAAGACUUUCAGUUAGACGUCUGCUGCUUUACAACUAUCACACCGAUACCGAGGGACAGUCCCAAGGGCAAUGGCGUUUUUGCGGCGUUCACGGGGCAAAAUGGGAUCAAGGCAAGGGGGAAAGCAGAAUCUUUGUGAUGCAACGUCGUGACAACGCUGCUAUGUACACAACCUGCGCACCAUUACUGGAACGGAACAGAUACACAUAGCCAAGGAGAAGAGCGCGUUUCCUGGACCCACUAUCCAAUCUGACAAUCUGAAAGACUUCCUUCUCUG